GAGUAAACAGCUAAAUAACGGUUAAAUAACUACUUGUAACGUUAAGUAAAAGAAGAAUAGUUAACUACUAUAACGAUUUUCAUUUAAUUAAAAAAGUAAUUUAUAAAAAAAAAACAAAUUAAAGAAAAAAUCAAAUAAAAUGUCUAUACAAAUAAGUGAAAAUUUAAAUGUAACUUCUGCAACAAAUUUAGUGACAAAAUUGCCACAAAUAAUGCAACAUCAAACCGUGAACCAACAACAACAAAAUCAUACAAAUUCAACGGCUUCUAAUACAACCUGCGUGGUCUCUGCGAAGACCCCAUUUUCCAUAGAACAUAUAUUAUGCCAAAAUUUAAAUAAUAAUAACAAUAAUAAUAAUAACAAUAAUAAUAAUAACAAUCAAAAUAAUAACAAUAAUGGUGUUUUAAAUAAAUUAAAAUCAUCGUCAAAAAAUUCUUUAAAAACUUCUUCAAGUGAUAGUGAUAAAUUAAAAGCUUCAGCACUGCCAUCAAGUGAAUAUAAUAAUAAUAAUAAUUCUCAUUCAAAAUCGAUUUCAAAUACUCAUAAUAAUAAUCGCCAUGAAUCGGAAGAAUAUCAAAGGAUUAUGCAUAGAGAAAGAACUCACAAAUCUUCUUCGGAUCGUUUAAGUAAUUCCAAUACAAGUUCAACAACAACUCCCACACAACAAGCAUCAGCAAGUAGUGCAGCCUCAACAUCUCCGGCAACAACAACACCGACGGCCAGCAAUUCCUUACUUAACAAUGUGGCGGCUCAUAAUUAUGUACCCGCACAUCAUGCAACACCGACAUCGGUCUUAACAUCACCCUCCACACAUUCGCAUGCACAUGUUGCAGCACCACCACCGCCACCACCCCCUAGUAAUGUUUUAUAUCCCAGUGCCGCCUAUAGUGAUCAUGGUUUUUUGCAAAUGACUUUGGGUUAUUUGUCACCAUCGUCGGGUGCCUACAAAUCGGUGGAUCCCUAUUUUUUAUCGCAAGCUGGUCUCUUUGGUGGUGGUCAUUUGUUUGCUGGUGGUUGCAUGCCAGAACUUGCCUUAGGUUUGGGCAUGGGUGUCAAUGCUUUGCGUCAUUGUCGCAGACGCAAGGCACGUACUGUUUUUAGUGACCCUCAAUUGUCGGGUUUGGAAAAACGUUUUGAGGCUCAACGAUAUUUAUCGACACCCGAACGUGUAGAGUUGGCCACUUCGUUGGGUUUGAGUGAAACACAAGUAAAGACAUGGUUUCAAAAUCGACGCAUGAAACAUAAAAAACAAUUAAGAAGAAGGGAUGUCAUGAAUGAACCGGUUGAUUUUUCACGUACCGAAGGAGCUACAAAUAGCAAUGGUGGUAGUAGCAACAAAAAUGGCUCCACAAUAACAUUAACAACAUCCAACUCUUCAUCUUCUUCGACACAUGCCAACAAUAAUAGUACUACAGGCAGUAGUCAUAACGAAGGAAAAUCUUUACAUACCAACUCCCACCACCACCAACCACAUCAUACCAGUUCUCAGCAGCAUCAUCAUCAUCAACUGCAAAUAUUGCGCAACAUGUCAAAUGGACACCAUAAUUUAGAUAGUGGUGUGGGUUUCUUGCAUCACGACUACUCGACCGAUGAUUAUUCGGAUUUGGAUGAUGAUGAUAUGGAUGAUGAGGAAGGCAGUGAUGUUGAUAUUAUGGGUGACACUAAAUUAUAUAAUUUAACAUAAUACACGCAGCAGCAGGCGCAUUAUUAAGGCAGAGAAAGAAGGAUUUUUAAAAUUUUAUUGUAAAUAGUUUUUUUGCUAGAUUUCUUUUGGCAUUUACGAUUACGGGAUGUUAAAAGGGAUCUAAAUAAA